AUGCUAAUGGACGACUUUACGAGUACUCAGUCAAGGAUAUUUAGACGACGAGAAAUCAUUUACAGCGAGGACAAAGAUUUUCUUGGUUCUGGAGGGUUCGGUGUCGUCUAUCGAUGUCGGUUGGCAGACUCUAGACAUAGGGAAGCGGCGGUUAAAGUUCUCAACAUGCCACGCAGACUCGGAAACACGGAUGAGGGAGCUUUCCUUCGGGAAGCAAAUAUAUUGGGCCGCAUUGACUGCCCGUCUAUAGUUCGUUUCCUAGGCUUGUGCAUCGACCCUGGACAUUAUGCGAUUGUUAUGGAACAUGUGCAGUAUGGAGAUUUGGAAAAAAUGUUGCUUUCUACAGAUGUGCUUCAAAGAAUACAAUUCAGUCACCAUCGCAUUCGCAUUGCUCAGGAAAUUGCCAAAGGAAUGAACUAUUUACACAGUCUGCAACCACCGAUCAUUCACAGAGACUUGAAGACAGCGAAUGUGCUAGUGGGUAGUGGCUACUGCUGUAAAAUCAUUGAUUUUGGGCUAGCAAGAGUACGAGAUAUUUCACAACGGACAACAGGCAGCGUGCAAGGAACAGUAGCAUAUACUGCACCUGAAGUAUUUAGUGGAACAGUCGAGAGGAACAAGGAAAUGAAAGUUGAUGUUUACUCAUAUGCAAUGAUUCUUUGGCAGAUGAAUGAAAUGAAGCAAAUCUAUGCUGGUGUUUCACCUACUGUCAUACGAGUCAAUGUUCUGGCUGGCCAGAGGCCUUUACUAAGUGAUGACAGCUGUAGGCAGGAAUUUAGAGACAUCAUUGAACGUUGCUGGGAUGGACAACCUGACUCUAGGCUACACUUCAGAGAGAUUGUAACUAUGUUGGAUGGAAUCAUGAGACAAAUUGAGCGCUCUUUAGAAGGAAUGUAUAGUAGAAGUAUCACUGGAUCUGUGACACAACGUGAUCUCGAUUUCGAUCUAUUUGUGGAAACUUUGUGAAAGGUCCUUGCAUUCAACAGUGAUGCGACAUUGGUCACUGAAAAGUCAUGCAGAGAGUGGAACAUGAUUACAACAUACGAAGACACAGUCAGUGUAGAAAUUUAUGCAGAAUCAUUGCUUGCAUGUGACUGCCGGUACUGCAGUAUUUUUUAUUUUGUAAUCAUGUCUGUAAUAUAUUUUUAUUUUGUAAGGCUUGCCUUGUGUAAUUUGUAACUCUACAAACUGUAUGUACAUUUACAUUCAAUGCUCAAUUUAAAAGUAAUUAGGGCAUCAAGACUGAUACAGAGUACUGAACAUAGUCUGUUACGACA